AUGAGUGGAUCUAGACGAGGUCUUGUAGCACCACAGAAUACAUUUUUGGAUAAAAUAAUCCGAAGAUGUAAUGGUCAAUUUUACAGUUUUGUAUUGGCAAAUGCACGUAUUGUUGAUUAUCCAAUUGUUUAUUGUAAUGAAGGUUUCUCUCGAUUAACUGGUUAUAGUCGUGUAGAAAUUAUGCAAAAAAGUGGAAGUUGUGCAUUUUUCUAUGGUGAACAAACAACAAAAGAUAUGCGUGAACGUUUAUUAAAAGCAUUAGAUACUCAAACACCGGAUCAAAUUGAAAUGUUAUUUUAUAAAAAAAAUCGUUUACCAUUUUGGUUACUUGUAUGUGUUGCACCAGUUCGUAAUGAAUGUGAAGAAGUAGUACUAUUUCUAUUGGCCUUCAGAGAUAUCACAGCGUUGAAAACACCAUUUGAUGAUGAAGAUACUGUUAAAGGUUUAAGUAAAUUUGCUCGAUUAGCACGUUCAGUUACACGAAAUCGUUCAGUUCUGCAACAAUUAUCUGCAUCACAAACAUCAGCACAAAAUUCUGCAUUAACUGUAUAUCGUAGUAAUCGACUAACAGUGUGCAGUGGUGGCGGUGGCGGUGGUGGUGGUGGUGGUGCUGAUAGUACUAGUGGUGCAAUUAAUGAUGAUACAGAAGUAUCAAAUCAAAUGGAACAAUAUAAUUCACCAAGUUUAUCAAAUUUUCAAAAUUUAAACACGAGUUCAAGUUCACGAUUUCAUGAUUCAUCAAAAUCCGAUCCAGAAAAAGCGGUAAUGUCAACUUCAUCAUGGUUGGAUUUAGUUCCACAAUAUAAACAAGAAGCACCAAAAACUCCACCACAUAUUAUCUUACAUUAUGUGGCAUUUAAAACAACAUGGGAUUGGUUAAUAUUAUUUUUAACUGGUUACACAGCGGUAAUGGUACCAUUUAAUGCAGCAUUUAAAAGUAAAACAAUGGAUGAUGUUAGUUUAUUAGUUGUCGACAGUAUUGUUGAUGUCAUAUUUUUUAUAGAUAUUGUAUUAAAUUUUCAUACAACAUUUGUUGGACCAAAUGGUGAAGUUAUAUCAGAUGCUACUAUUAUACGAAUUAAUUAUUUAAAAGGAUGGUUUAUUGUAGAUGUAUUAUCAUGUUUACCAUAUGAUGUAUUUAAUGCAUUUCAACCGGAAGCAACACAAAGUACAAUUAGUUCCUUAUUUGGUGCAUUAAAAGUUGUACGUUUAUUACGUAUUGGUCGUGUUACACGUAAAUUAGAUCAAUAUUUGGAAUAUAUGGCAGCUAGUUUAUUAUUAAUGAUAUCUGGUUUUGUUUUAUUGGCUCAUUGGUUAGCAUGUGUAUGGUAUAGUGUUGGUCAAACUGAUUUAAAAAAUGGUAUUUAUUAUGGUUGGAUACCAAGAUUAUUAAAUGAUAUUGAUCAAGGUAAAACUACUCCAACUAAUUGGACUAGUGGUAAUCCACCACUUCCACGUACAAUGACUUAUGUAACAUCAUUAUACUUUACAUUAUCAUUAAUUACAAGUAUUGGUUUUGGUAAUGUAUCAGCGACAACAUUUGGUGAAAAAUUAGUUGCAGCAGUUUUUAUGCUUAUUGGAGCAUUUGGUUAUGCUACCAUAUUUGGUAAUGUGACAACAAUAUUUCAAGGAAUGUAUGCAACACGUUCUAGAUAUCAUGAUAUGAUGGCAUCUGUGAAAGAUUUCAUUAAAACACAUAGUGUACCAAAAGAUUUAGCUGAACGUGUUAUUGAUUAUGUGACAUCAACAUGGGCUAUUACUAAAGGAAUUGAUACAGCUAAAGUAUUAAACUAUUGUCCAAAAGAUAUGAAAGCUGAUUUAUGUAUACAUUUAAAUCGUAUGGUAUUUAAUGAACAUCCAGCAUUUCGUUUAGCUAGUGAUGGGUGUUUAAGAGCAUUAGCUGUAAAUUUUAAUACAAUACAUACAGCACCAGGAGAUUUAAUAUUUCAUCAAGGUGAAAGUAUUGAUCAAUUAUGUUUUGUUGUUUCUGGUUCAUUAGAAGUUAUUCAAGAUGAUGAAAUAGUUGCAUUUUUAGGACGUGGUGAUGUAUUCGGUGAACCAUUUUGGAAAGAUCCAAAUAGUAUGAGUCAUUCAGCAGCAACAGUUCGUGCUUUAACUUAUUGUGAUUUACAUUGUAUUAAAAAAGAUUGUCUAUUACAAGUAUUAAAAUUUUAUUCUGCAUUUGCAAAUAGUUUCGCUCGAAAUUUAGUAUUAACAUACGAUUUAAAAACACGUCUUAUAUUUCGUAAAUUAGCAGAUGUUCGACGAGAAUAUGAAUUAGCUGAACAUCGUAAAACUGAUAAUGCAUUAUCUAGUUUACGUGCUGAUCAUCCAGUUCGUCGAAUGAUACAUAAAUUUCGUCGUAUAGGUACACAUAAUCAAUCAACUAAUGAUUCACCAAUAGGUAGUAAUAGUGGUCCAGGUUUACAAGAUAAUGAUAUAAUACGUAUUACACGUAAAUCUAUUACAUUAGGUGAUUAUGAUGAUUAUAGUAAAGAUUUUGAAUUUAAUGAAGAUCAUGAAGAUCGACUACGAAUUCAAGGCAAAUUAGAUAGUCCAAGUACAUCUACUAUGAAUAGUACUAACAAUAAUAAUAAUAAUAAUAAUAAUAGUAAUCCUGUCAGUGUAUUAGAUGAAAUCGCAUCACGAUGGGGUAAACGUAUAGAACUAAAAAACAAUAAUAAUAAUAAUAAUAAAAUAUCGAUUUCAGAUUCAAUUCAACAAACAAUCCCUUCUCAUAAAGAGUCCCCUAGUAACACAAUUGCUAAUAAUAAUAGUAAUAUCAAUGAUAAUCAAUAUUCACGUUCAGUUCUACAAUCGAAAUGGGGUAAUCUAUUAAAAACAUCCAUAAUACCUGAAGAGCAACAACAACAACAACAACAACAACAAUCUAAAUCAAUAAUUUCGAAUCCAAAUAAAAUCAAUAAUAAUGAUAAUCAUCAUAUUCAAUCGAUUAUUAAUAAUCAAUCAAAAUUAAUGAAUGAUCAUUUUGAAAAUUUACAAUUAAUCAAUAAAUCAAUAUUAGAUUAUUUAAUGAAUAUACAAAAUGAAUUUAAACAAGAAAUGAAUCAUUUAAUAAAACGUAUCAAUGAUAUUGAUAAUCGAAUUGGUCAAAUAGUUUAUAAUAUAGAAUAUAAACAAUAUGAUAAUAAUGAUAAUGAAUUAAAACAAUGUUGGGAAGAUUAUCAUCCUCAUCACGAACACCACCAUCCAUAUCAUCCUCAUCAUCAUCAACAAGAAGAAGAAGAAGAACAACAACAACAACAACAACAACAAUGUCGAGAACAUCAUCAUCACCACCACCAACAACAACAACUUUAUCCUCAUCAACAAGAAGAACGACAACAACAACAAGUACAUCAUCAAAAACAUGGUAAAUAUAAUAAUAAUAAUAAUAAUAUAAGUAAACUGAUUAGAACCGUAUUUACAUCAUCCCCAUUAACAUCAUCUGAUUUAUCUACCUCAUUUAAAUCAAAUCGUACUUCCAGUUUAACUAUAUCAAAUAAAAUACAUCCAUUAGCUAAUUCAAUUGAUUCUAAAUUAAAUCAACCAACACCAAUGGCAACAACAACGACGACGACGACAACAACAACAGUGAAAACAAAAAGAAGAAUUCGAGGAAUAAGAACAAAAAGUACCACAUCAAUAAAUCCUCAACAAAUCAAUAAUCAAACUAUAAAAUUAAAUAAUUUAUCAUUCAAUAAAUAUAAUAUACCAAGACAAUGUAUAUCACAAUAUUAUAAACAAUAUUCAAUGGAUAAUGAUAGUCAAUUAGAAUCGAUUUCAACAGAAAGUGAUACAUCAUUAAUGAAUGUACAACAACAACAUCAAUCAUCAUCAUCAUCAUCGACAACAACAACAUCAUCAUCAUCAUCCAGGAUUAUUUUAGCUAAACCAAUACAAACUACUUAUUUUUCUACUCAUUUAAUGAAUACUAUCACAGCAACAACAACAACAACAACAACAAUGACAACGACAUGUUUACUGAAUCAAACGAAUCAAUCUUUAAUAAAUUCUAAUUAUUCUUUAUCACCAUUCCUGCCUAAUAGAAAUGAUGAUUUAUAUUGUCAAUCAAUAUUAGAUCAUUUUAAUGAAACACAAUGGAUUAAUCGUAAUCCAUUUAUUUAUUCGAUUGGAAAUAGGACACAAUCAAUGAUUGUAACGGAUAGUUUAAGUAAUCAAUUACCAAGGAAUGUAUUGUAUAGUACUACUACAACAACUACUAUUGGAUCAUCAAUGAUGAUAACUGAUACAAAUACCUAUGUGCCUAAUUCUUCUUAUAUCAUGUCUAUGACUACUAAUAACACUACUAAUACUACUACUAAUAAUAAUAAUCGAUUAUCCAUUAAUAAUCGAUGGAAUCCACAAUCAGAUAUAUUGAAUACACGUACAUUUAUUCCAGAAUUAUCAUCUAUAAUGACUACAGCUAUAACAACAACUACAACCAUCACCACCACCAUCACCACCACCACCACCACAACAACAACAUCAAUACUUUAUCCACUUCCAACAACAUCACAAUAUAUUCAUUCAUCAUCAUUUAAUCAAAGAUCUCAUAAUAUUCAUACUAAUCCAUUGAAUAAAUCUAGGGAUUUCAAUGUAACUAAACAAUAGAAAUCAAGAUAUGUCUACUUUAUUUUAUAUCCAUUAUGUUUUCUUCUUUAUUUUCUUUUUUCUUUUUUGUUUUUUUCCUUUCUCUCCCCUCCUUUUUUUUAAAAAAAAUUCUUUUUCAAUUUUUAUUUUAAUCCAUAAAUUAAUUCAUUAAAACAUAAACUAUUUUAUUCCCUUAGUAACUAAUUAAAAACAAAAAACAACAACAUGGAACUGAUACAAAUUGGACAUGAAGAUAUUUUUUUUUCAAAAUCAUUGAAUUUAGGUGUACAAAGUUCAUGUAGACAUAUACGAACACACAGACACACACACACAAACAAACAACAUACAUACAUACGCACGCACAACAACACCACCACCACCACCAACAAUAAUAAUAAUCUGAUACCAUGGUGAAAUGAAACAUUGAAGAUUUUUUUUUCGUUGUUUUUUUUUUAGGUUUAUCCUUAAAUAACUAAGUAACUAAUUGUUUGUUACUAAGAGAAAAGGUAAAAAAAACACACACACACACAUUUGAGUUGUAUAUAUUAUCUAAUGAAAGUUUAUUUUACAUUUUAAAGAAGAAAAAAGAAACAGAAUCACAACUGAGAAUAAUUUUCUUUCUUUUUUAUUUAUUUGUUUAAUUUAUCAAUUAAAUGGUUAUCCAUUUGGAAACAUCUUAGUCAAUUAGUUAGUU